UUUAGAUAUAGAAAAUUGAUAUGAACCUGUAUGUUUGUUUGUGAUUGUGUUAAUAAUAAAAAAAUAUUUCUUUUUUUUUUAAAGUUCAGGCCAAAGCAGUUGAUACAGAUGCCACCUGCAUCCACUGUCUACUAUCUGAUCAGUUAAAGAGGAGAUGGUUUGGCCUUAUUGGGAAGGAAGAGAAGAUGGUAGAUACCAAGGUUCAUUGCUGUUUCUUUGUUUCAGGAAGAAGUCAUCUUGCUAAUCCAUGGGAGGCGAGUUGAUAGUGAGUUCCUAGGGAGCCACAUUUUUCUCAGGAGAACACUUCUGUUCCAAAGAAGCACCCACUAAAUCUGGUAGGCCAAAGUGAGCCAUUACUGGUCCAGAGUUGAAGCCUGAGCAUCCUUCCAUCCUGUUUUGUGUAUAGAAAGUGAAUGAGGUUUUCCUGGUAUGUGGCUCAGGUUGGCUUAAGGUUGUCUGUUGUGGGAGGCAAUGCAGGCUGAGCAGGAGUCCUUGGUUCAGCUGGGCAUCUGUAUCGGAGAAGGGAGAAGAAAUGGAGGACGGAGCCUUUGCCUUGCCCAGCAGGGACCUAAUGGAGAGUCUCUGAGUUGGACCGCGUUGGGACAAGCGAGGCUGGAAGCUGAGGAGGGAUCGACCCAGAGUUGGGAAUUCCAGUGGCAGGAUUCCCUGAAGGCUGUGCACAUCCCUCAGUGGGAAACCCCACAAUUACCAAAAACCAUGCGGUGGGAAGUGACCAAGUCGGCUCUGGUUCCUUCUGAAAUGGCCACCAAUUUCAGCCCUGUGUCUCAAGGAGCGGUGGCUGUCACACUCUCUCCGACCGUCCUGGAGAUAUUGCGUAAGCAGAACUCUGGGGAGAAUGGGGACAACGGAGGAGCGAACAAAGAAAUCCCGGGUGAGAAUGUUGACCAUGCGGAGGUGCGGCGCCAACGCUUCCGGCUUUUCCGCUACCCAGAGGCUGAGGGCCCCCGAGAGGUUUGCAGUCACCUCCACCACCUCUGCUAUCAGUGGCUGACCCCAGAGAGUUGCACAAAAGAGCAGAUUCUGGAACAGCUGAUCCUGGAACAGUUUCUUGUCAUCCUCCCAUUGGAGAUGCAGAGCUGGGUCCGGGAAGGGAGCCCAGAGUCCUGCUACCAGGCAGUGGCCCUGGCUGAGCAGUUCCUGAUGGGACAGCAAGAGCCCAAAGGAUGGGAAGGCCAGGUACUGCCAACACCUACAGAAGUGGCUGUCAGUUUUCCCACAACAGAUGAAGCUUCUUCCGAGCUCUACACAAAGGUCAAACAAGAAAGUGGCACUGUGGACAGUCCUAGUUUGCUUGGAGAGGAUGAGUUGCUGAUUGAAUAUGAUGUGGCAAGACAAGAGAUGGAAGUCAACUUUGUGAAUCCAGGUGAACUGGGAAAGCAUGUAGAGCAAAGCCAAACAGAAAACUGGAAUAAACCUGUGCCCAAUUCCUGGGAGGAGCACCCUGAAAUAACAAUCCCACAACCGGAAAUCAGAAGGAAUACCUACAGUAUCUUUAGGAAAAACCUGACCCAGAAGACCAACCUUAAGAGACAUCAGAGAAUUCAUGCAGGACCAAAGCUCCAUAUAUGCACAAUAUGCGGACAGAGUUUCACACGGAGAGGAAACCUUUUUCGGCACCAGCAACUCCACACAGGGGAGAAAUCACACUUAUGUAAAGUCUGUGGUCGAAGCUUCACUCGGAGAGAAAACCUUGUGAGACAUGUGAAUGUCCACACAGGUAACAGAUGGAUGAUUCAGAAUGAGGGGGAACUCCUUCAGGUGUCAUUGAAAGGAACAGAAGCCUCUGAGCAAGAGAACCAAGAUGGGCAAAAGACAGAAGACAGAAGACAAGCAGAAGACUGGAAAUCACAAUCUGUGGCAGACCAGGAGGGUGCCUGCUUUAAAUUCAUCAUCCCCAAAACAGGACCCCAAGGGACAAGAAAGAAUAUGUGCCUCAUUUGUGGGAAGAGCUUCACCUGCAGAACGACCCUCAAUAGACAUCAGAGACUAGUGCACCCAAGUGAGAGUCUUAAUAAAUGUACAGUUUGUGGGAAAAGCUUAGGCCAGAUGACAUAGGCAGGGAAGCUACCCCAUCGAUGUGUCAGGUGCGAUGAAAGAAACAGUUUAAACCUGAGCCUUCAUUACCACAAGAGAGCUUACAAAGGGAAAGAAACAUUAAAGUGUCUAGACUGCAACCGGGGCUUUAAUUGCCACUCACACCUUCUUCGACACCAGAGAAUCCACACAGGAGAAAGACCCUACAUCUGCUCAGCCUGUGGGAAGGGCUUCCGUCAAACCACACAUCUUGUUAAGCAUCAGAGAACUCACAGGAAUCUGAAGGGAUAUUCCUCCUGAAAGGCAAGAAAAGACUCUCCCUGGCUUCACACCUUCUGGCAAUGGGAAAAGUCCAUCUAAAAAAGAGGUGGGGAUGGUGAGGCCCUGGGGUCACAGGUAGAUCCUCAAUGUGAUUUUUGGGGCGCUCAACCUCUCCAGACCUCAGAUCACGUUUUUUGUACCACCACCCCCAAAGGUGAAAUACCUCUCCAUUUGUUUGUUUGUUUUAGUAAUCUGUUGCCCAUAACAAGUUCUAGGGGCAGAAAUGAGGCCUUCAGACUUAUGAUUUCCAUCUAAAACUUCCAUCUAAAAGGAGAACAGAAAAGCACACAUACACACACACACAUUGCAUUUUUUUUGAGUUUCAGGGAAGCUUUAUCUGGAGAUAAUCUUCUGCCUAUGAGCACCUCCUACCCAUGCAGAAGAUCAUAGUUUUGAUCCUUGGCAUCUCCAGCUAAAAAGAUUUAAGGUAAUGGAUGAUGAGAAACAUUGUCUUCUACUUGAGGCCAACAGAGAGGCACUUCCAAAAACAGAGCACAACAGACAGCAUUAGACUGGACAGACCAAUGGUCUCAUGUACUUGAAAGUGGCUUUGUAUUUUCAAAGAGUCCUGUGGUAUGCUAAAAACUACUGGUUUUCAAAUUCUCUGGGUGUAUAUUAUAUUUCUUUGGCUGCAUCUGCAGUGCAGAAAUAAUCCAGGUUGAUGCCACUUUAAUUGCUAUGGGUCAAUGCUUUGGAAU